AUGGCUUCCAAGAUGGACUUCUCAAAAGAAAUCAAGGACCUCCCGGACCUGCAACCCAGAUUCAGUGCCGACAACAUCGGUCGGGUCGAAAAUGUCGACCAUCUGCACCGCUCGCUCAACAACCGCCAGAUUCAAUGGAUCGCGGUCGGCGGCUCCAUCGGCACAGCACUUUUUGUCAGCAUCGGAUGGGGACUGCUCGAGGGCGGGCCGGGAUCGCUGUUCUUAGCCUUUCUGUUCUACAGCUGCAUGAUCGCCUCCAUCAACAGCGAGAUGGUAGCGUACAUGCCGAUUGCUGGGUCCUUUAUUCGAUAUGCUGGAAAGUGGGUAGACGACGCUUUCGGAUUCAUGGCUGGUUGGAACUUCUUCCUCUAUGAAGCAAUUCUUAUACCUUUCGAGAUAUCUGCAUUAACCCUUGUCCUGACAUUCUGGAGGGACGACAUACCCGUGUGGGCGGCGUGCUUGGCUUGUAUUGUGUUCUAUGGCGUCAUCAGUGUCUUCGCGGUCCGCUGGUACGGGGAGGUGGAAUUCUGGCUUUCGUCCGGGAAGAUUAUCCUGGUACUCAUCUUGUUCUGUUUCACCUUUAUCACGAUGGUGGGGGGCAAUCCUGAGGGUGAUGCCUAUGGGUUUCGAUAUUGGAACGACCCUGGCGCUUUCGCAGAGUAUAUCACCACAGGCUCUAUGGGAACGACGUAUUUGUUCUUCUAUCAUGCUUUGAAGGUCCAAGGCAUUGAUUGUAGGACCCUGCCAUAUCGAGGCUGGUUCCAACCAAACGUCAAUAUCUUCGGCUUAAUCUUCGUCACCAUUGUCGUCUUGAUCCAAGGUUACGCUGUCUUUCUCCCCGGCUUCUGGGACCUUGGAACGUUCUUCACGUAUUACACGAUGAUAUUCGUGUGUAUCCUGCUCUUUGUCGGAUGGAAACUCAUCAAAAGGACCAAAUUUGUACGUCCUCAGGAUGCGGACCUUGUAUGGGACAGGCCCGUCAUCGACGCUUAUGAGGAGAGUGGAGACCCACCCCUAGGCCUGUGGGAGGAUGUCUGGACCACGACCCUUGCAGCACUUCGAAUCAAAGUGAGGAAGCAAGACGGGAAUGGAGUAUGA